ACAAAAAUAGAUAAUAAUUUAGGUCUAAUCAUUUAUUUAAACACCAAAUUGUCAUUACACAUCAUUAAGUGCAUCAAAUUACUCCUAGCAUAGAAUACUCACACAUACAUGUGGUCGACAACAUUUGCCUAAUACAUUAUCUAGACAGAAUAUACCACAAAUUACUAAAUUAAAAGCCAUGUCCUUACAUGGGACACUCAGUUAAUACAAAUUUCAAAUAACAAGAAUGAAGUUGAUAUUAACAUACAGUAUCCUAUGCAAAUGCACAGCAUACUUAAGUUAUGAACAUAUCUGUAAAAAAUUCAGUUCUGCUGCCUCCUUACAAUUAUGAUUAUAGUAUUAAGAUGAAGAAAAUGAGACAUAAAAAAAAUGUGGAUUAAUUUUAUCAAUAAUUUAUAUACUAAUGCUAUUCUAAUUUAUGCACGCUCUCCACGGAUUCGUCGUGCAAGCUGAAUGUCUUUAGGCAUGAUAGUCACGCGUUUGGCAUGGAUGGCGCACAAGUUGGUGUCUUCAAACAGACCCACCAAGUAAGCUUCACUCGCCUCCUAAAAUGUAAUAAUACAACAAAUAAAUAAUAGAAAAUGUACCAUUUUAAGAAUUAUUCGUUACAUAUAAACAAUUAAAAAGAUAAUAUAAACCAUUGUAUUGGCUUACCUGCAGAGCACCAAUGGCCGCAGAUUGGAAGCGCAGAUCAGUCUUGAAAUCCUGAGCUAUUUCUCUCACCAGUCGCUGGAAGGGCAGUUUUCGGAUAAGCAACUCCGUAGAUUUCUGGUAACGACGAAUUUCUCGAAGAGCCACUGUACCAGGACGGUAACGAUGGGGCUUCUUGACUCCACCAGUACUUGGCGCCGAUUUACGGGCAGCUUUGGUGGCCAAUUGUUUACGAGGAGCUUUACCUCCCGUGGAUUUACGAGCUGUUUGUUUAAGAAAUGUUAAUACGUACUUUUUAGAUGGGUUUAAUAGAAGAUGAACACAGUCUAUAAAAUAAUUCACACUAGAGCUUCACAACAACGAUCAUAUGCUCAAGAUGGCGUCGAAGAGAAUGGCGGGCGAGCACUGACGCCAAAUUUACGAACCCUGAUUGGUUCUGUUUUCUUGAAUUCCGUUACUAGUAUUGGUCAGAAAUGUAGAUAACUCUAUUGGUUCAUUACAAAUAUUUAUAGUUGAAGUAUUUUGUUAUUGGCUGACACAAAAUUUGGUGUUGCCAUAACUAAAGCAUAAAACUACUACAUAUAACUAUAAUUAUGACUUCAAAACAUUUAAGCUUUGUUUGACUUCAUCCACAUUAAUACAAUUUUUUAGUGUUCAAAGUCAUGAUGAUCAUCAUAAGAUUUGUACAAAUUGAGUUUCUAUUAAAAUUACUGAAUAUCUAAAUUUUUAGUAAAAAGUAGAAAUCAGAAGAAAAAAGUACCUAUUUUUCUAUCUCGGUCAUUCUUAUGUGUUUUAUUUUAGCAAAGAACGAGAUAGGUCGAAAACAACUACGUCACAUAGCUGUCAAUGGUUGCGUUACUAUUUACUUAUUUUCUAUUCGUGUCAAAAAGUAUCCGACGUACAGUCGAGAAAUGAUUAUUUUAAGUUCAAGGUCAUUUUUAUCUAAAAUGUAGCGUGUAUUUACGGGGCAAUUUUUUAUGUGUCAUAUUAUUUACAUUUUUUACCUUUCUAAAAUAUUUUGUAUCACGUGACCAUUUAUAUUGGAUUUUAAUUGGUCGACGGUGAGCGUGCCCUGCGCGACGCAAGAAGCGCAAUAAUAGUUUUCCAAAAUGCCGUCGGAAUCUAAGCCUUCGUUGGUAGCUCAAACAGAAAAACCAAAUCAUUAUAAAUAUCUCAAGGAAUUCAGAGUAGAGCAGUGUCCAUCGUUCCUACAGCAUAAAUGUACACAACAUAGACCUUUUACAUGUUUUCAUUGGCAUUUUAAUAAUCAAAGACGGCGAAGACCAGUCAGAAAAAGAGAUGGGACUUUUAAUUAUAGCGCAGAUAAUUAUUGUACCAAAUAUAAUGAGACUUCAGGGAUUUGUGAAGACGGAGACGAUUGCCCGUACCUCCACCGCACUGCCGGUGAUACCGAACGUCGGUAUCACCUCCGCUACUAUAAGACUUGCAUGUGCGUCCACGACACGGACGCGAGGGGAUUAUGUACGAAAAAUGGUGCACACUGCGCCUUCGCCCACGGAGCACCGGAUCUACGGCCACCGGUGCUCGACAUGAGGGAGCUCCAAGCUCUAGAGAACCCUGACGGGGCAGACGGAGAUGCUGCGAUACCCAAUGCUUUAGAUAGAGAACGAAAUUUAAUGAAUGAAGACCCCAAGUGGCAAGAUACAAAUUAUGUGUUAUCGUCAUAUAAAACUGAACCAUGUAAAAGACCACCUAGGUUAUGUAGACAAGGGUAUGCUUGCCCGCAAUAUCACAACAGUAAAGAUAAACGUAGAUCACCAAGAAAAUAUAAAUAUCGGAGCACGCCGUGUCCUAACGUAAAACACGGCGAAGAAUGGGGGGAGCCUAGUAAUUGCGAAGCGGGCGACGCGUGCGGGUACUGCCACACUAGGACCGAACAGCAGUUUCAUCCUGAAAUAUACAAGUCUACUAAAUGCAACGACGUGCAACAGGCCGGGUACUGCCCUAGAGGUCUAUUUUGCGCCUUCGCCCACGUAGAACGUAAGCAUAGCGAUCCCGAUUUUGUAUUUCACUGUUCGGUUUCCCAUCGAGCUCACCUUCUGAUCUUUUGUUAUUUUCACGGCAGCCGAAGAUUUGACGGCCGCCCGCGAGCUCGCGGCCCCUCUAGAAUGCGGAACCAAUCUGGCGGACCUGCUGUCGUCCGCGCUGCCGCCCGACAAGAAGGCGAACGACACCGGCGUGGGCAUGCUGACCUCCGCCCUCGGCGGGCGGCCGCCCUCCCCGCCCGCCCUGCUGCAGACCAACGGCAGCGGCGAGGGCUCCGAGUGCGCGUCCACCUCCAGCGGCGGGUCCAGCGGGGGCCGCGCGCCCGGCCCGCAGCCGCGCGCCCUCGUGCCCCUCGCGCCCUUCGGCGAGCAGGACGAGCGCAAGAGCGCGCCCCAGCCCUCCGUCUGGACGCAGCGCGCCUCCACCUUCGACGCGACCGUCCUGCAGGAGGUGGUCGGGAACGCGCUCGACGACAUGCACCUGGAGGACCCGCUCAACCUGGUGGCGGCGCUGGACCGCGACCUGUCCGACGGGGAGGGGCUGCUCGGCGGGUCGGCGCCCGUCAACAUCCCGCAGGCGCGGCCGACGCUGCGCGGGUUCAGCCCGCCCGCCGGCGGCUCGCCGCUGCCGCCGUUCCUGCGCUACGCCCAGAACGACACCGAGCGGCUGUUCAACUCGCACGCGAUCAAGGCGGGCAGCUACGGCGCGGCGGGCGCGGGGCCGUUCGACUUCGCGGCCACCUCGCCCUCGGCGCCCGCGGAGCUGUCGCGGCUGCGGGAGGAGGUGGUCGCGUCGCGCGCCGCCGCCGCCCGCUGGGACGAGCGCAUCGCGCAGGCGCGCUCCGCGUGCGAGGCGUGGCAGCGCGAGUCCGACGAGGCGCAGCGCAAGGCCGCGCUCGCCGAGCGGCAGCGCGACGAGGCGCUCGCGCACGCGAUGACGCUGCGGCGCGAGCUGGACACGGCGCGCGCGGGCGGGAUGGGCGCGAUGGGCGGGGCGGGCGGGGGCGGCGGGCGGCGCGAGCUGCGCGGGCUGCCGCUGACGACGCUGAAGGCGAUGCAGGUGCAGGCGCGCGCGGAGCUGGAGGAGAUCGAGAAGGUGCUGUACCUGGAGACGGCCACCAAGUGCAUGGUGUGCGAGGAGCAGCCGCGCAGCGUGACGCUGGGGCCGUGCAACCACUACGUGCUGUGCGACGCGUGCGCGGACCAGGCCAAGGAGUGCCCCUACUGCCAGACGCCCGUGCAGCACCACGCCUAGGGUCCUGUCCGGCGACGAACACCUGUUUCGGCCUCGCGGAAGUCAAAUGUACACCUUUGAUAUUCUUGUGAUCGAGUCCGAGGGCCGCCGACUCGACUAGGAUAUAAAAUUUUUGAAGGGAUGCGUGUGGCAUAAUCCGAUAGACGUAUCGAAUCGCCCGAAGUUUGUAUUAGGUUUUUUCAAUUGUCCCGCCACAUCUUUUAAAUUUAUUCUCGGCGCAAAUUUGAAACUGCGUGGUCUUCCGCGUGAUGAAAAUCGGUUUUUAUACGCGUUCACAAAUUUGUAAAAUGAUAUUCGGAGGGUUGUUUCAAUUGUAGCAUGCGAUUUGGUUUGCCUAUACGAUUAUUACCUACCUGGAACACCAAAGCUGUAAUCGGAAUAUGAUCGUACAGUACCCGACGUCGUGUAUGAACUACGUGAAUAUAUCUAAAAUCUAUUUUUCUUAUAAUGAAUAUAUACAGUUCGCGGUUCGCCCUCUGUAGAGGUUUAAUGAAUACGAGAUAUUAUGCUUUUGAUGUUAAAUCUGUUUCGUUUAUAUAGAUUCUUGUAGUAGUGGACUUAUUGCUUUUACUGAAGUAUGAACAUAAAAGUGAUAAGCAUUUAUGACGUCAUAUUCGUGAACAUAGCCCCGGUCGUACUUUCACCGAUGAUCCGAAGAUUUGAGAUUUGUAAUGUUUGGUAAGUGUAUUUCUUAUAUAAAAUUAAAUGGUGAGUAAAUUAUUUAAUUAGCGACACGGACGUCGAUGGAAGUAUGGCCGCUUCGAUUAUAUCAUUAGCUCUAUGAUUGAAGUAGAUUUAGUUUUAUAUGAAUAUAUUCAGACAGAAUUUGUAUGUUCAGGUUAGAUUUUACUAAUUAUAAUACAUAAUAAUAAUCAGACAAAACUUGAAUCGGAUGUUGUUAUUGUUACGUUUUUUACAUUUUUUAAUAUAACAAAUAUAUUAAUUAGAACUAGUGUGACUCUUAAGCUUCCUUCGGAUAUUUAUAGAAUGCACAACACUUGAUUUUCGCCUCCUAAAAUAGACACUUAUAAGGACCAAUAUUAUAUCGAAUAUUCUAAGCAAUAAAUGUGCUGAUGCUGGAUUUUUAAGAUUCCUCAUACGGGAGUGUAUUCUGAAGCUGUAGAAUUUAUAUGCACCUAUCUACUAUAUAUUAAAAAAUAGUAACAAGAGGGCAAAAAUAUUGAGAGAAAUGACGUUUUUAUUGAUACAAACGAAGGUACUGGAAGUUUUUUCUUUUUUAUAUACAUUAGAAUGUUAAUUAAGUUUACAUUCCCAAUUAAUCAUUAGAAUAAGUGUUUGUGGUGUAGGUACAAUAUUCUCAGUGGAUUGCAUUUAAAUUGAUACAAUUUGAUCUACUUUGCCUGUUUUAAUAAAAAUAAAAGCAAAUCAUGAGUUAUUGGAGAGUGCGCGUUUUUUUAACGUUGUACGAACAUUAUUGCAAUAUUUCAAAUUGUUUUACCAUCAUAUAAUAUCAAACGUAAAUACUGUCAUGGAACAGUGGAAAAUCUCAUGUGAGGUUAUUCAAAAACGUCACUUGGCUUCAUGUUAUAGCACUAUUAGCAGUUUCAUGGAAUUGUAUGUGUUUGAAUGGCCCGAAACAGCAGUUUUUUACCAUAGCGCCUUUUAGUUUAGUUGCAGAGAUUAUAUCUUUUAUUCUUAUCGAGUACCAUCUUUUGGGUCAACAGUUUACUACAAAGUGAAUCUUCACACUACGCAAUGCGGAACAUUUUCUAUACAAAACGAUCGCAUUUUAUAUAAAGAUUUAUAUUAUUUCGAUUUUACUACUAUAAAAUUAUAAGUAACAUAUAUUUAUAUAUAUUUUGAAAGUCUUGGAAAAGUUUUUGUAAUUGAAUAAUGAUAAUAGUAAUAACAAAUUAAACUUAGAUAUUAAUAACAUAGUUUUAAGUAGUGUUUUCAAAUUGUAAUGGACAUUAUUUUAAGUGUGUAGCUGCAAAGUGUAUUGUAACCAUAGCAAUAUGAACCAGAUCCACACGGUAUGAGUGAGUAGCUCCUAGCGACCCCCACGCUCAUAACACGGAACUUGCAGUGUUCAAAUUAGCUUAGGUCCAGUCUCAUUCUCAUAGUGUGCCUAAAACAAUAUAUAAUCAGAGAGCAAGUAUUAAUAGGAACUGUUUGUUAUCGUCUAAUGGUUGCCCGCGCACGAACAUGACGGGCGGAACAGUGAUAAUACUGUGAUGCAUUCAGAUACUCAAACAAAACUAUUUCAAUCGAUACAAAGUUGAAAUACAAGUUUUUAGACAGGUUAGCUGUCUCGCCCGUAGCGUGGAGGUGUGAUUAAAGGUGAUAUGAACGCAACGGUCGCUGUUAUUACCAUGCCAACACGGCACAUUUUGUGUUAGGAUAGGUCCACAUUUGUGACAUUACAAUAUAUCUGACCUACCCUCGCCGUGUCCGUUACGCGUAAAUGUCACAAUUGUGUACUCACCCUUAGGAUUGUAAGAGUAGAUAUGCUUGACUUGUGAAUCUGUAAGCGGUUUAACUCAUUUUCAUUAUUAUAAAGUGCAGUAUUCAAAAAAAAGUGAAUUUGUCACUGAAACAAUAUACGUUUCCACGAAUAUUGUAAAUCUACAAUAGAUUAAAAUAGGUAUUCGUUUGGCACCAAUUGCCUAUUAAAAAUUACAAAUUUGUCACAAAAUUGGAAUGUAGUCUCAAAACGUGAAUGCAUACAAAAUGUACUGUGUAGUCAUUGCUUAAUCAUUAUGAUAGAAUAUAUAUUGCUAUUUAAUUAUAGUAUUUCUAACGUUUUAAAUUUAGAUCUGUACUAGAGACAUAUUUAUUUUUAUAUAGAGUCUUUAUCACAUGGAGAGAGUAGUUUUGUUGGUAAAGUUAAUUAAAUAUUCACACGUAUUUGACUGUAACAGUAGAUGCUGAUAAAUAUAUUUGGUAGGUAAUUUGGUACGUGACACUGGUACCGUUAAUAUAUCCUGUUCUAUGAUAAUCGAAAAAUAUAUUUUAGGUUCUGAAAAUGUUAUUGAUCACUAAUUGUAAAUGUAUUAUUAAUUUACUAGCAGUUUUAUACGUCGAAUAAAUAAAAUUAGAUGGCUCGAUAUUUUAACUGUAUGUAUCAGUGUUGGUGCUGAAUUACACAGGCUCUGAAUGUAGAUGUGUUGACUGGCGUGGUGUGGUUCUUGUUGUUGAUUUACUCUAUUCGUUUUUAGCAGUCGUUUUAAUCGACAUUUAUUAUCCAUUUUACAGUUUGCAUUUUACGUUAGUUAAUUUACUUAGGACCAAUUUUGUUUUAAAGCUUUCACGUUUUUGCAGAUGCAUAAUAACAAUUUCUUUUUUUAAAUAUUUUAAUUAUUAUAUUUUUUCAAUUAUUUAAUCUUUAGGUAGGUAGGUCCAACAAAUUUUUUCAAAUUAUUAUUGUUAAAUUAGAAAUAGUUAAUAUUGUAGUAGAAAACCAAUUGUGCGCCUACAGUCGCUCUAGAAGAUCAAAAUGAAUUAUGUUUUCAAUUUUUAUAUUUAUUAUAUUACAACAUACAAGAUAUGCAUUCAAGCUUUUAAUAUCAUAGUAGGUAUUUUAUAUAACAAAAGUAAUUUUCAAAUCCAUGUGAUACAAACAUGUAACAGAUAUGAAGAUUAUAAUUAUUACUAGAUAGGUAGGUUUAAUAAAUUUUAAAUUCCAUUCAAUAACGAGAAGUGUUUUAUUUUUUUUCAACCUAUCUUUGAAUCUA